GGGCAGCUUCUUUUCUUUAGUUUUGAUCCAUUCUUGUGUUUAUUUAGUUUUUGACAGUGGCCAAGAUGAAGCCACAACCAAGCCUUUUCUGGGCGGCCGUCGGCCCACUGCCAUUUAUAGCAUGUUCCAGGGCAUUCAUUCCCUUGCCCCGAGAAGUCCGGGGCGGCCCGUCGAUCUCUGUGGGGCCUCAAGAGACAUCAGCGAGUGGCGAGCGACCUGGAUGCUUGCACAAAACGCUGGGCAUCCCGAAUCACGAGCAGGCCGAAAUUCACACUGGAUCCGCCUCGGAGGGUUCUCGGCCACACCACAAAGUCCAUGCUUUCCGCCUCCCCUGAGCCAUGUUGCAACACUUGCAUUUCCUCAGACAGCACGAGGGCA